GCGGGUCCUCCCUGCCUCCGCAUCUUCAUCAGACACACGGAGGCCUGGUGUGUUGUCAUAGUCAUUAGCGGGGCUCAGAACCAGCUGGACCCAUGGACCUUCCUCAGUGGGUGCCCCCCAGAAUGCUUGGAGGCAAGGGACGGCAAGCACUAGGAGCAGAUACGACAACAUGGGCACUAAGCCUGGGACCCAGGGCAGCUCCGGUGGCCAAGCCGGCGGCUUCCGCAAGAUCUCCAAGCCACUGAUGGAGAAGAAGCGACGGGCACGCAUCAAUGUAUCGCUGGAGCAGCUGAAGUCGUUGCUGGAAAAACACUACUCCCACCAGAUCCGGAAACGCAAGUUGGAGAAGGCGGAUAUACUGGAGCUGAGCGUCAAGUACAUGAAAAGCCUUCAGAACUCGGCUCAAGGGCUCUGGCGGGUCCCCAGCGGAGCCGAGUUCCCGUCUGGCUUCCGCAGCUGUCUGCCGGGAGUUAGCCAGCUUCUGGGGCGCGGAGAGGACGGCGGCGGCGGCCUGCGCUGCCCCCUGGCGCUUGAGCGCGCAGGUGGCAGCACCAUGGACAGCGCCAGCCCGAGCCCGGAGGCGCCCGCGCCGCUUGGCUCCUGCGUCCCCGCCCUUUGGGCCCCUGCUCCAGCCAUCGGCGCCUCGAGGUCCCAGCCACCCCGGCUCCUCUUCCCUGGAGGUCUCCCCGGCCCGUCCUCCAGCGUCCCGGGGCCGCAGCCGGCCCCUCGCCGCUGCGCCGAGAGCCCAGGGCCGGGUCUGGGGGUUUGGCGGCCCUGGUGAGUCCCGGCGCCGCCUCAGACUCAAGGGGGCCCCCUUCUGGCCCCGGGACGCAGAGACUGUUUAGAGCGCGCCUGCGGUGAUGGCCGGGACCCCAGUCUUCCAAGUCUUGGUCCCGUGGCAGGGGUGGCUGGGAGGGUGCCGCGUGCCCGCGAACGCGAGGAAAUACACGGAGCCUCGAGGGGGACCUGUGCCCCCCCCCCCAGCCCCACCUACUCAAGCUGGACCCGCUCUCUCCUCGUCCCACCUUCUCGCGGGGCUGGGAGGGGAUGUCCCAGGCUGCUCCUC